AUGAUUAAGAGUGGAGAACUUAUGAAAUAUCCUUUGGCCAUCGUCAAGCAGCUGCUGGAUGACUUUGGUCGCGAGCUCGCAAUAGGAUAUGAUAUAAUGUGCGCAUUUUACACCACCAUGCUGCGCAGUCAGAAGCUUGGUACAAAGGUAGCUUCAUAUGUCGUUUGUGGUGUUGUUCCCGCCUUUCACAGCCAUGCCCACAAUCGCAAAUGUCAAACCUGUUGGCAUCCGCAAUAUAUUCCCGGGGUUGGGCUGACAGAUUUUGAGGACUGCGAGCGAAUGUUCUCACUCUCUAACAAUCUUGCCUCCACCACAUGUUUGGCAAACUCCUUUCAUCGCCGUCAGGCUAUUAUUGAACACUUCUACUUCCAAGACGAGGAUAAGCAUACAGCUUCAGGGAACUUGAUAUAUGAGAACUACUGUCAGGCUUUGAAACGUAUUGAACAAGAUGGUCCUGAAUUUGAGAAGAAAGCUCAGGAACUCGAUCUUUCUCCCAGUGAUUGCGAGAGGCUCUUGGACAUGGAACAGAAACAUCUCAAGGAGGCGGUAGAGGAGAAACCUGAGGUGACGCUAAUGGGCGAAGAAUACCACUCAAGAGUCAACCUAAUAUCAGAGCUACGGGAGUAG